AUGAAAAUAGAGAAAAGACGUUUCAUUGUCGGGGUUUCAGGUCUGGCCGCGAGUUGGGGAGUGAAGCGGGAAGCGGACUCUGCAGCCGUUCUCUCCACGGGUGGGAUCAGUGCAGCGCAUGUGUGGCACAAGAUCAUGGGGAUGGCACCUGGUCGUGCGAUGAUCGGGAAGUUGAAUCGAGUGCUUGCGUCCAGCCCAAUCAUUGUUUUUCUGUCGCCGGGGAACAGAUCGCCGUAUAAAAGGGAAGGGAGCUCAAGAGCUCAGGCGCGCAGACAGGUGGAGCCACGACUCGGGCACAGUUCACGAAAUCCCGGAGAAAUGGCGCUUCUAACAAUCCGACAUGUAAGGAACGUGUUCUACCCGAUUCUCGCAGCUUUUGGUGUUCCUGCGAACCUGCUGACGAUGGUGGUUCUUUUCAGAGGGAAUUGCGGCCUUUCCAAAUGUAUCUCCUUCUACAUGGUCGGCAUGGCAACGGCAGAUCUACUGGUGAUGAUAUUCUGUGUAAUCGGGUACCAUAUCGUUAUGUACCAAUUUCCAGUAUCCUUUCUGUCCUACACAUCCGCUUGUAAGGUCGUUCUAUACUUCAUGUCCAGCAGCCUGCAAACGUCCGUCUGGUAUACUGUCCUUUUCACAUUUGACCGCUUUGUAGCUAUCUGUUUUCAGAAGUUUAAAGCAAUGUACUGUACUGUGAGGACCGCUGUUGCUGGUAUUAUAACCGUGCUACUCCUGGUACAUUUACAGAGCGCCCCGUAUCUAUUUGAAUAUAAACCUGCACGUGUAACUGACGGUGUUCACUGGGGCUGCCAGCCCAACGCCUGGUUCGUCAGCUCCCCCGUGGGCGUCGCGUGGUCAUUUCUGCAGAGCAUUUUAACUGUAAUAGUCCCUUUCUUUCUGAUAUCCCUGUUUAACUGCUUGACAGUCAGGCGCAUUUUAGUGGCCAGUAAAGUGCGCCGCGAACUGCGGGGUCACAGCAGUCAGACGCAGAAGGAUCCGGAGAUGGAAGCCCGCAGGAAAUCCAUCAUUUUACUUUUCAGCGUGUCGGGAAGUUUUAUUCUGUUGUGGCUGACGGUGGCCGUGAGCUUUCUGACCACCAGACUCGCAGGAACCGCGCAUUACGACGGGAAUUACACCGAUCCUGCCUAUGUCGCCACUGAAGCCGGCUACAUGCUGAUGUAUCUGAGCUCAUGCACCAACACCUGUAUUUAUGCAGCGACCCAGACAAAGUUCAGAGAGGAGCUGGCGACGGUGUUAAAAUCUCCUUGGACUUUCGCUCUAAUAUUGCUGAAAAGAAGUUAA